AUGGUCGUUCACUCCAAAGAUGAGGCCUUGAUGUGUAAGGUCUUUCCAUCUAGCUUGGGCCCAGUGGCGAUGAGGUGGUUCAACGGUUUAAAGGCGAACUCUAUUGACUCCUUUCGGAAACUCACCCGGGCUUUUGGUGCUUGCUUUAUUACUUGUAGCAGGGUUCCUCGGCCUUUGGGAUCAUUAUUGUCUAUGUCCAUGCGGGAGGGUGAAACUCUGAAAGCUUAUUCAGAUAGAUACUGGGAGAUGUUUAACGAAAUAGAGGGAGAGUACAAUGAUGUGGCCAUUAGCACUUUUAAGGCUGGUCUUCCAACCAAGCAUGAUUUGAGAAAAUCUCUAACUGGUAAACCUGUUACUAGUGUACGCCAACUGAUGGAUCGGAUUGACAAGUACAGAAGAGUAGAAGAAGACCAACUGCAGGGGAAAGGAAAGACUAAGGUGAUCCCUUAA